CUAGAGAUAGAGAUAAAGAUUGUACAUGUUUUCAAUGGAUAUCAUUCUGAUCAUCCUUGUCCUGCUUUUUGCUUCCCCGGCGGUCACUGGCGCCGGUAUCUACAUAGUCGGAGAUUCCGCCGGCUGGACCACCAUCGGCAACGUUGAUUACCGCCAAUGGGCUGCUACAAAAAAAUUCCAAGUCGGGGACACCAUUCGUUUUCAUUAUAAUCCUGAAUUCCAUAAUGUGAUGCAAGUAACGCAUUCACAUUUCCGGUCUUGCAACACAUCGCAUCCGAUCGCCACUCACACCUCCGGUAACGACUCCAUCUUGAUCACCUCCUCCGGCCACCACUUCUACUUGUGUGGUGUCCCCGGACAUUGCCAAUCUGGACAAAAGGUCGAUAUCAAUAUUGUCAACCGUGCUCCUAUUGUCUCAUCGCCUUCUAAUAUUCCUCCAAGUUCUCCGGCUGUCGCCCCCGCCCCUAGUGGAGCCGCCACCUUCACCCGCCCUGUUCUUAGCCUCCAAGGACUUCUUAUUGGAGUAGGUCUCUUAAUGGUUCUUAUUUUCUUGUGAGGAGCAUAAUUUUUAACUAAUUACUUAUUUUUGUGUGUGUAAUAAGUUGAAUUUCAUUUAUAUUGAAUAUUUUUGAGUCAUUAAUUGGGAUCUUGUUCUUAAUUUCUAAAGUAACAAGAUAAUAAAAGUAGACUU